AUGUCGUCUGCUAAUUCUACUUUGAAGUCAAAUUCCAUUGUUCGGCUACCUCAAGGUUGGUUGGCUAGUCACGGGUUUCGGUCAACUCGACAUCGUUGUGUUUCACUUGGGCUGAAGCUUUCCGGUAUAAAUAUGAUAGACAUCAUUAUUUACCACUCGAAACGGGAUUUUCAUCAACAUCACAAAAAGGCGGUGGCACAGAAGAAUGCAAUGUUCAAAUGCAUGACGGGGCUGAUGGAAGACGAAAGAUACAGAUGGAAAAAAGAGACAUUUAUCUCCGAAACCUCUUUCUUAUCAGUUAAUCCGAAAUCCGCGAUCGAAACGGUUCGUGUCAAAAGAAGAGAGAAUCUGGGACACUGGGAUGAUCCUUCUUCAUUGAGUAAAGUCGUAAGCAAUUCGUUAUCCCAUUUUUUAUCUCUUAGUGUGGCCCAUGGUCGAAAUCGGGCAAACCGGCGCGGAUUUAUUUUCGAUAGGCUCCCUUAUCGUCGAUGGGCGUGCUUCAUCACCUUUUUACGAUUGGAUGAAUGGGCUGACUGGAUUCUCCACCAGACGGAAGUAGAAAGCUUGAUAUCGCCGCAAACAAGGAUAAGCAAGGUUAGAAGGAGACCGGUAGGAUAA